GUUGUUGUUGUUGUUGUUGUAGUAGUAGUAGUAUAUUCAUGAGUUACUUGCUCUCUGGUGAUAACACAAUGGCAUAUAUUUUUUUUUCUCUCCGAGUCAUUUUGAAGAUAACAUAAGGACCUGUUAUCGCUCUGUCAACGUUCACUUUGAUAGUGACGAAAAUAGAUUAUUCACAUUAAUUAGAUGACUAUUGUACAUUGACAUGGAGGUCAGGAGCCUCCUAAGUCACGGUCUCUUACAUUAUCAUAUUAGCUGAUCAAUGCUUAUGAUCUCUCUCUCUCUCUCUCUCUCUCUCUCUCUCUCUCUCUCAGCUUUGGAACACAUACAGCAGACAGCGGCACAGAACGCAUGGCACUACCUUCCUGUGGCCGUGUCUCCAACCAGUCAGUCCAGUCCUUGUGGCCGGGCCCUCAGCGCCAUUGUCAAGGAUCUGCAGCACAACUUCACGUGGCCAGCCUUCAUUGAGUUAUGAGAGCUACGUCUGUAGUAGUGUUGCCUUUAGGUUUUAAUGGCUAAAAACUUUACCAUAGGUUCACAACGUAUAGAUUACCAUGAUCAUAACGUAUAGUUUAACCUACUUUCCCUUUCCACUCUUUCUUUCCCUUUUUCAUCGUGUUUGUCGGGCACACGUGGCUCGGUGAUGGAGAGGAUGCCCUUGAAAUUUGUUGUGAGUUCUGGAUGAGAAUCGACCCUAUAGGCGUCCCUCUCGCCACACUCUGAUAAAACACAUCACUCUAUCCAAUGGACCACGAAAACCUUAUUUCUCUUAAAUAAAUCAGUAAAUUACAUUUUAUAAUUAUAUAUAUUCAUGCAGUGGUGGACUCAUGGGGCAAGAAUACUGACGGGGUCCUUUCUGGCAAUAAAUAUAACGGCCUCUACGAUGAGUGCGUAACUUCAGCUUCUCCGGACAACACCAUCAAGGGAAAAUAUUGCAAGAUUCAUCCUUCCACAAUUAGAGAUUUGAGGAACGCGGAGGCGACGGUUGCCAGUCAGUGGUUUCAUUGGAACAUGCCCGAGGGAAAUUACUUUUCCUUGGGGAGGGAAUAGGCACAGAAACCACGGAUGACCAUUUUUCCUGAAAUGGAAUACGGAACCUGCAUGCCAAAUGUGUGGACUAAAGAGGAGCUUCAGGACAGGCUCGCCCAGUACCUAGUUCCCACUGGAAUAUAUCCUGCAGUCAUCUUUUGUGAGGAGCAGGACACUGAGGUUCAGUUUACAGAUGGUGAUAUAGGAUUCAUGUCCUUUGCCACUUUCCUGCUGGUGCUCAUUGUUUGUGCUUCCCUCGUGGACAUCUACCUGCAGUUCAGCGGCAGCGACCAUGUGACCAAAGGUGCUCUCCGCUAUCUACUGGUAUUUUCAGCUUACACCAACCUGAGUAAGAUGCUCCCAAGUGAACCCCGAGGCCAGUCCAGGGAAUAUUACCUGCCUACAUGCUUUUAGGUGAUGUACAGACACAGAGAGGUGUAAAUGUAUGUACCACAGUAUAUGUGCAGGAAUGACUUGUACAUGGUGACUCAAAAGUCUAGAUAAUUAUUGUUUCCUUUUCCUACUCCUUCUCUCACCAAAAUGUCUUGUGUAAUGAGAAGAGAUGGGACUGUCAAUUUUUUAAUUAAUCAAAGACAUUUUUUUCAUCUCUCAUGCUUUCAGGAUGUUUAGUAUGUGUACAUAUAUGUGAUAUUAUCCAGACUGGCUUUCUAACCAAUCUUUUGAGAUUUACGCAGUUACUGUAUAUAUAGAGUAGUGUGUGUGUGAGUGUGUGUGUGUGUGUUUCACUGUUUGAUCUGCUGCAGUCUCUGACGAGACAGCCAGACGUUAC